AAUCUUGUAGCUGUUGUGGUUCUUUGCAAAUGGUAAAGCCAAGACAAGACAAGGCAAACAUACCUCUAUCUAUCUAUAUGGACAAAGUUGGUCUCUUGUUGUGACGGUUGUUAAACGGGAAAAAGAAACUUAAGUUCCACUUUGAACCACUUUGUGGCCAAAGCAAGUCGCAGUUUAAGAAAAGUGCUCGUCCGAACAGCACUUAAAUCGGAGAUUGGCGCGGUGUUAUAUGAAUUUUUGUUUUAAAGUAAAAUUUGAUUUUCAAUUAAUUUUCAAUUCAAUUGUUUAAAAAAUAAAAAUUAAUAUUAAGAAAAAAAAAAAUCAAUUUCAUUUAAAAAAAAUAAAAGAAAACAAAAAGUUAUCGUCGUUUCAUCUCGAUUUUUCUGCAGUUGUUGGAUUAUUUUUCUUUUCAUUUACUGAUUUUUGUUAAAAUUUUGCUGCAAAUAAAAAGAAAGCAAUUAAACACAACACAUCCAUCGGAAAUUCAUUUUGAGUUCUUUAACAACGGAAAGGAAACAACAAAAUUGUGUUAAAUGAAGUGAAGCAGAAGGUUUUGAAUUUCAAAUCACCACAAAUUACAUAAUUUUAUUUUAAUUAAAGAAGAUUAAAAACCAAAACCUGUGAAUAGAGUGACAUAAAGUUUGAAUUUUUUUUCGAGAACAAAAUAUACUUUUUUCUUCGUCUGAAAUUUCGAAAAGAUAUUAUAUCUUUCGAAAAACAGGACUUCACGAUGGGACAUCUCCAUGGAGUACUUUGGGUGUUUGGAUUAAUUUUAAUUCUUAAUUCAGAAUUCACCCUUGCCCAACAUAAACGUUCCUCUUCACGCAUCACAAGUUCCCGUUCAUUUGGCACAAAUGUGAAAUCAUCUUCCUCUUCAGCGACAGGGGUUAACUUUGAUUGCCCCGAAGAAUUUGGCUAUUAUCCGCAUCCAAACGAUUGCACUCAAUAUUAUGUUUGUGUAUUCGGGGGUGCACUUCUUGAGAGUUGUACUGGUGGCCUUAUGUAUAGUCAUGAAUUACAAACAUGUGAUUGGCCAAGAAAUGUUGGUUGUGAUGUUAUUGAUGGUGGUGGUGCCAGUAUAUCGGUUCCAUCUGGAGGAGGUUCAUCUUCCUAUCGUGAUGUUACACCUAGAGUACCACAAAUCAAACAACAACAACAACAGUCCUAUCAACAGCAGCAGCAGCAACAACAACAACAGCAAAUUCCUCACCGUGAUCGAUUCGGAUCAUCAUAUUCAAGUUCAACACCAUCAAUUCAAUCAAAACCAACUAUUGUCCAUCAAUAUCAACCUCGCCAGCAACAGCAACAACAACAACAGCAGCAUCAUCGUGUGAUUCAAGCUCAAGUUCAAACACUGCCACCUCCGCCAGAGCUACGAGUUGCUCCUAAUCCAGUGAUUACAUCUCGAGGACAACCCAAGCCUUUGCUUGAUUCCCAAGAAGACAUUGCUAAGCUCUACGCCGAUGCACAUGACAGUUUGCCACCUGUGGAAGAAGAAGAAAGUGAUCGUCAACAACGUGUCUACCGUGGGCAACCUAGCACCGUCGGACAAGUUCAACGUGAUCGAGAUGGUAUCCUUCAUCAAGCUAGCAUCAAUGCCAUUCCAAAUCAUGGUAAAAUUGGUUCAUUCGCCUAUGGUGCACAGAUUAACCAGUACCGUGUUGAGUCAAGCUCACAAGCACCACCACCGCAACAAUCGGGGAAUAUUUUCAUUUCGCAACAACGACCAAAAAUCGUUGAAAAUAAUGGCAAUCGAAAUUAUUAUAAUACGUCAUAUGAGACACAACAACAACAACAACAAAAUUAUGAUCCAUAUUAUUCGGUUUAUGAUGAUGACAUUGAUCUGUAUAGGGAUGUUGAAUAUAGCAAUCAACAACAACAACAACAACAACAGCAACAACACCAGCCACAGCGUCAACAACAGCAACAACAUCAACCGAUUCAUCAACAACAACAACAACCUCAACAUCAAUUGCGUGGUAAGAUUCCACAGCAACAAAUAGUACAACAACAACAACAGCAUCAACAACAAGCCGAGCCAUUGAGACCCACCUAUCGUCCAGAAAUCAUAACCUCCCCACAACCAGCCCGUGAAACUUACAUCAGCAAACCGCUUCAGAAGCCAUUGCAGCAGGAGAGCAAGCCAUUCAACAAUCAACAAUCGUUGAUCUACAAUUCGGACUAUGAUGAAGACUUGAUUGCACAGAUCGAGCAAGACAAUGAGUACGAUCAACCCACACGAUCUCCAAUAAGAUCCAACAGAUUAUCGGAUGAUGGUAUCAAGACCACCACCACUACCAACACCACCAAUAAGGCGACUCCCACAUCUGUCAUAUUGACCUUCACCUCGAAUGUGGGUCUUACUAAUCAAUCCAAUAGACAUCUCAAAACCAAUACCGAUUCAAUCCUUAGUCAAUCCCCAUCCGAAACUACCCCAACUAGUGUGCAAUUUUUAGCUCAAAACCAAUCGAAACGUGAAAGUUCUGAAGAACGAUCAGAAGCUACUUUAGAAAUAAAAAAUAAUAAAAAGUCUAGAUUCGAAUUAAAAACCAAUAACAACGAUAAUAAUAAUGAUAAUAGACCAAAAGUUCAACAGAGUGAAGAAAUCCUUCCAGAAAUCGUUGAAGAAGCAGAACAAGCUGUUACUGAAAAACAAAGAAAGAAAAUUCUAAGCUAUAUUAUAUCUGAUGUAGAACCACAAAGCUUUAAGUCUCCAGUUGCGAAAAUCCCAAAGGUUAGUUCGACAACAGAGGCAACAACCAUAAACAUUCCCCUGGAUAGUUCAAAGAAUCAGAGGACAUACCGCUUUAGUCUGUCGCAAGGUUAUAGAGGUUUCAGUUUGAAGAGUGAAGAGUCGGCAAGAUCACAAUCAUCCCCCGAUUCAGAGGAGAAAAAUAGUAAAUCUGGAGUUCCAAUUUAUACACGGUCAAGAUCAAGGUACGACAGGAAGGAAACUGCCCUCAAUGAACAGAGGGACGAAUACGAACCAACCACAUACGCACCCAUACGAUCGUGGAGAUUCACUCGUACCAGUCCCGUUCCAUUCGCCAAGCACGAUUCGAAUGUCUUGAAUUCAGACGAUUCCGAUAUCAGCCAAGAAUACGAGUCAGCCAGUGUAAGAGACAAUAAUUUCAAUGAAGAUAUCGUUUCGUCUUCGGGAAGUGAACACACCCUUGUAACUCAACGAUCUACCACCGAACAACAGCAGAGCUUCACUGCUCGGGCAUCUUUGUUUAAGGACAAUCUAAGCCGCACCUAUGAGACUACGGGACCCACAAAGUUUGUGUCUCCAUAUAAAAGCCUCGAAACUAUUCUUCAAGAAAAAGAAGAGUCUUUGAAAUUUAAUUCGAUUAGAAGCUCUGCAGCACCCAGAACUCAAAGCCCUACCCAAGCUUAUGAGUCGACAACUCAAAAACCAUUUAGAAGCUAUUUUCUUAUUACAUCACCACCGAGGGUGUUGUAUAAUGCCACAGCACCAACCACAGCCCGUACAACUCCGACAAUAAGUUGGAAAUUUAAUCAGUCAACUUCGGUAGUUUGGCCUUCGUCCACACUUCCAACAACAACUAGUACUUCUACUACAACUACAACAACUACCACAACCACAACCCCGAAGCCAACAACAACGACAACUUCCACUACAACUACAACCACAACUCCAAAGCCAACUACAACUACAACUACAACGACUUCAAGUUCAACAUCAACUACAACCACUACAACAUCAGAGCCUGAAACCGUCCCACCAAGCACUGUUGCGCCAACAACUACAAUCAGGCUACCUUCGACAGCAUAUCGUACAAAAAUCAGGCAAGAAAUUUCCAAUUACCAGAAUCCAGAAGCUCGAUCAAGAGGCCGAUCCAGGUACACAGCUUCAUUUUCGAACGCCUUAGACGACGAGGCCACAACUUAUUCGCCUAAGCAUCGUUUUGGUACCCCACAUUACGACAGUACAACUUACAGUCCCGAGACUCCAUCAUACCGCCGACGAACUAGACCAACUCCUGCCCGUCAGCCUAAAUCAACAACAGAAAGAGAGAGAGAUUUCUUCCUUAAGACUAGAAAACAAUUUGUUGAGUUCGAAAAUGAGUCCUAUGAUCUACCAAGGUCUGAAGCCUUAAUUGGGUUGUCAGUGAACAAGAAUGAAAAUACCUAUACCGAUAAACCUCCCAGGUACACCACAUCAAAGACAACUUCAACUUCUGAGAAGGUAGUAGAGAUAACCGACAGAUCAGUUCAAUACUAUUCCAAGUUCCGUACAACGGCAACACCUGAGCGGACUCUCGCUGAGUCUCUGGGGAAUGCUGGCUAUUUGACAAACAGUCGGGGAAAAUAUAGAGAUUUGGGCUUUGCUAAUGAAGACAAUGUCGAAGACAUUGAGGAGUUCAGUGAAAUUGUAUCGAGCACUACUACGGCACCCUCCACUGCACCAACCACUUCCACAAUCCCAAUGCCACCCACAACCCCUUCGCCUACACGUACCUCACCCACAACAACCACUAAAACCACUCCUUCCACAACCACAACGCCUUCCACAACUACCACACCUUCCACAACUACCACUCCUUCCACAACUACCACACCUUCCACCACUACAACUCUUUCCACAACUACCACUCCUUCCACAACCGUUCCAUCAUCGACCGUUCCAUCCACUACUCAAUCCACAUCAACAAUACCAUCCACUCCAUUACAAUCCACAUCCUCCACAUUAAAAUCCAUUAUCCCACCUCGAGCAUCUCGAGUGAAUUCAGCCAUCAAGUCAUCGAUUGCUGCCGCCUCAAAUCGGAAUAAGGCCCUAUCGUCCACAUCCGCGUUUGCCAAAUGUGCUGACAGUACGCCAAACGCAAAGUGCAACGAAAUUCCUUCGAGAACAAAUAAUAGAGUUCGUGGUGGUUCACAUUCAAAUGGUGCUGAACGCGAACAACAAACAGCCACAGUUACCAAUCAUCGAGGAACACAUCCACCUCGUACCCGUCCAACUUUGAAACCAUCCGGAACAAUUGUCUCGAAGGCACAAGAAUUCGUCGACAUCUACAAGAAUCCACCAUCUCGUCCAGAGCCCUUAUAUCCACAACCCACUCCCGACAAGACAGCUGCAAAAUGCCGUAAAGAUGUUUGCUUACUUCCAGAUUGUUAUUGUGGUGGAAAGGAAAUUCCCGCUGAUUUACCUGUCGAAAGCAUUCCACAAAUUGUCCUUUUGACCUUCGACGAUUCGGUUAACGAUCUGAAUAAGCAACUUUACACUGAUCUCUUCGAAAAGGGUCGUGUAAAUCCAAAUGGCUGUCCAAUAUCUGCUACAUUCUAUGUAUCUCACGAAUGGACGGAUUACAGUCAAGUUCAGAACUUAUAUUCCGAUGGUCAUGAAAUUGCUUCACAUACUGUAUCGCAUAGUUUUGGAGAACAAUUUUCGCAAAAGAAAUGGACUCGUGAAGUUGCUGGACAACGUGAAAUUCUUGCCGCCUAUGGUGGAGUCAAAUUAUCCGAUGUUCGAGGCAUGAGAGCUCCAUUCCUUUCAGUUGGAGGCAAUAAAAUGUUUAAAAUGUUGUACGACUCUAAUUUCACAUACGAUUCCUCGAUGCCGGUCUAUGAGAAUCGUCCACCAAGUUGGCCUUACACUUUGGACUACAAGAUCUUCCACGAUUGCAUGAUCCCACCUUGUCCGACAAAGAGCUAUCCUGGGGUGUGGCAGGUGCCAAUGGUGAUGUGGCAAGAUUUGAAUGGUGGUCGUUGUUCCAUGGGUGAUGCAUGCUCCAAUCCCAGUGAGUCUGAUGGUGUUUACAAAAUGAUCAUGAAGAACUUUGAAAGACAUUACACAACAAACAGAGCUCCAUUUGGUUUGUUCUACCAUGCAGCUUGGUUCACACAGCCACAUCAUAAAGAAGGAUUCAUCAAGUUCUUAGAUGCAAUCAAUUCAAUGCCAGAUGUUUGGAUUUUGACAAAUUGGCAAGCGCUACAAUGGGUCCGUGAUCCAACACCUAUUUCCCGAUUAAACAAUUUCCAGCCAUUCCAAUGUGAUUAUUCGGAUCGACCAAAACGUUGCAACAACCCUAAAGUAUGCAAUCUGUGGCAUAAAUCCGGUGUCCGAUACAUGCGAACAUGUCAGCCAUGUCCUGAUAUUUAUCCAUGGACAGGAAAAACUGGAAUACGAUCGUCUCGAGUUGACAAUGACAUUGAAGAAUCAUAAGUAUUUAAUUUAAUUAUAUUGAAACAAAACAACAACACAACCGAAUUUAAUUUAAAAGACGACCAAGACAAUAAUUAAAUAAAAACAAAACAUUGGCUAUAAUUAAAUAAUUAAAUUAUUUCAAGGAUUUGAAAAAUAAAACAAAUUAAAAACAAACAUGAAAUACGUUCACUCGCUGAGAAUUUAAAUUUUCAUUCUUCUCUAAAUUUAAAACAAAAAUUGAAAAUAAUAUUUAUUAUUUUUUGUUCUUUAAUUUAAACUAAAUAAAAAUCAUUAUGUAGAAAAAUAAAUUAUAUAAAAUAAAAACAUCAUUCAUUUAUGUAACCAUUUAAUAAAAGAAAGUAAAAUAAAAACCAUUGUCAAUAAAUUUUAGGGAUGUUUUCCGAUGUAGAUUAAUUUUAAUGUUAAACCUUAGUUUUAUUUAAAAUUUUAUAAACAAAACAAAGUUUAUAAAAUAUAAUUUUAUGUGUUGUAAAAAGUUAAUAAAUGUUGUAAGAUUUUAUAGUAUAUAACACCAUUACAUAAUGUUAUUAGAUAUUCAUCCUCAUUUGUGAUAAAUAUUUCACAUUUUUAUGUCUUAAAUUUUAAGUUUUGUUUAUUUUCUUUUAUUUAAUUAAUUUGAAACAAAUAAAAGCUAUAAGUUCAUGGUUUUUAUAUUGUAUUUUAAUUUCUUUUUGUUUAAUUUUGUGUUUGUAUAUUUUAAGUCACAAAUAUAUUUGUUUUGUUAUUCAUCAAGCCAUGUUGUAUUUAUGUUGCUGAAUGUAAUAUUAAUAAAAACAAUUACACUUAAAAACAAUUUUUUAAAUCGAAAAAAACACCACUAACACUUAUGAAUGUUUUCGUUUUGUUUAAAUGUUAUUUAAAUAAAAUUAUUGUUUUGGUUUUUUUCUAAGAAUACAAAACAAAACAAUAUAAUAAUUGAGUCCUAGAGUGUACAGGGUGGUGUAAUGUUAUAUUAGUUAUCAUUUUUGUUUGUAGUAAUGUAAGGAAUAAAUACGAUAAUUCUAUUAGUCAUAUAAGUAAUUUGUAUAUUUUGUUUAACCUUUAAUACCUACCUAUGAAAAGGUUGCUAAUAAAUAAUAACAUUAUUACAUACAGGGUGUUACAGAAGAAAAUUUAUUCAGGCAUUUAUUAUACGAAAAUCAAUUUAAUUUGUAUCGAUUUUAUUUGUUCGUAUUUAAAGCUUAUUUACUACUUUUUGUGGCUUAAGCCCAUCAAAUUCUUUUGAAAAGAGUCUUUUAAAUUUGGUUGACAGCUAGUCAGAAUGCGAACUAGCUGUCAAUAUGUGAACUAACUUUAAUUGUGUCAACUUACUGUCACUUUGUCAACUAACUGUCAAUAUGUGAGCUAACUAUCAUUGUGUCAACUUACUGUCGAUUUUUUAACUAAAUGUCAUUAUAUAAACUGUUUAUGUUAUUGUAAAAUGUUGAAAAAAUUAGAGCUCACCCAAAAAGUUCAUUAACAAUUUAAAGUUGGUAUUUUUGCAUAUAUUUUGUUAAAAUUUUCCAAGGCCUUUACUUAUUCGUAGUUUUACCUUUUAUCUUUUUUAAAUCUCUAUACAUUUUGUUUUU